AUGGGACCGAAGAAAGUGAGUGCUAAAGACAAUGGUGACAGGAAGAAGAGGAUGAUGUCGAUAGAACUAAAGCAAGAAAUAAUAGAAAAACAUGAGCGUGGCGUACGAGUGAUUGAACUCGCAAAGAUCUAUGACCGUAGUACAUCGACAAUUUGUACGAUAUUGAAGCAGAAGGAUGCCAUCAAGAGUGCUACACCAGCAAAAGGAACCACAAUUCUUUCCCAAUCAAGGACAAAUAUCCAUGAUGAAAUGGAGAAGCUUCUGCUCGUGUGGGUGAAAGAGAAGGAGUUGGCAGGAGAUACAGUGACGGAGACGGUAAUAUGCGAGAAGGCAUGGAGUAGUAUUUAUGCCGACUUAGUGAAGAAAGAAGCAUCAACUUCUAAAGAGGCAUCAGAAGAAGUGUUUAAGGCAAGCCAUGGCUGGUUUGAUAAUUUUAAGAAGAGAACUGGCAUCCAUUCAGUGGUGAGGCAUGGCGAAGCUGCGAGUGCAGACGUGAAAGCAGCCUAUACGUACAUCCAAAAGUUCGCUGCGCUUGUUGCGAGGGAAGGCUACAUUCCGCAACAGGUGUUCAACUGCGAUGAAACGGGCCUAUUUUGGAAGAAAAUGCCACGGAGGACUUACAUCACAGCAGAGAAGAUGAUGCCAGGCCAUAAACCCAUGAAGGACCGUCUGACCCUUGCAUUAUGUGCAAAUGCUAGCGGUGAUUGUAAUGUGAAGCCACUCCUAGUUUAUCAUUCGGACUCGUCUGUCUCCCAAGUAAGACUAUUAUGCUAA